UUAAGCGAGUUUGUCACUUAGCAGUGUUGACUGAAGAGUCUGUUGUCGAAGCUUUGACGUCUUGAGAGCAAGUCACCUACUUCAAAUGCUGAGGCAGUGAGACCUGUGGGCUUUAAUCUUGAAUUUGAACAGGUAAGUCACGAGUAGGCCUUGAAGAUGAUCAAAGUGGGUAGUACACGUGCUAGGAGUAGGCUAUGACACGUGAUAGGAAUAGGGUCACAAGACUAUGAACAAGUCUUAAGUCCGGUUUAUAGGUGCUGGUUGUAUAAAUUGGAUGUAGGACCCAAAAACAAAAAGAUGUAGGCCUGUGGCUAGUUGGACGUUGAGAAUGAAUCCUUAACAAAUUAAAAAAAUAGAGGAAGAGGUGUGACAAGACUUGAGGAGGCUUGAUGUAUGCUAGCUGGACGUGAGAAUUGUGGUUGUAGACUUUGUAGAUGUAGCAAAGAGCUAGGUUUGUAGAUGUAGGCCUGUGGCUAUGAACAAAAAAGUAGGACAGAAAAAUAAAAGAGACAGGCUGUGUACAUAGGACCGAAAAAUAAAAGUGUAGGCCUUUUCUUCUUCAAAAAAUUGCUGCUGGUUCUUCUUCUUCAACCCAACUUUUCUUCUUCUUCAACAAUGGUCUCGGCUUCUCUCUCUUCUCAAAAAAUUUUUUCAAUCUUGAGCUCAACCGAUGGCCUCCGAUCUCCUUCAGUCGUCGAUGUCGCAGCUCUCGUCGUCGCAGCUCCAUCUCUGAUACCAGUGAAAGAAAACAGUGAAGAGGAAAGAACGAAUUUUGAGGGGGGUUCCGCUAAUGGGUUUUGCUUGAAUUAUUCUGGAAAUAUCAUGACCGAAACUGUCAGUAUGGAUGCAAAGGGCACUGACAAUGCAAUUGCAAUCCAAAUGGGCGGUAAUGAGCGGGCCUCAAGAAGAAGAUUGAGAUCUUUAGUCUGGAAUGAUUUCACAAAAGAACGGAAAGCCGAUGGAAAUUUUGUAGCAAUCUGUAACCAUUGCAAGAAAGAGCUUUCAGCUAGCAGCCGAAGUGGCACUACCCACCCACUUAAAGAACCACCUUGCGACUUGUACCAACACAAAAGUUCGAAAGAGGAAGAAAUUGCUUUUUAGGAGAUUAGUUGUGAGAAAUGAUGGGUCAAGUAUGGAUCUAUCUCAUUUUGAUCAGGAAUUGAGUAGACAGGAUCUUGCCCGUAUGGUGAUCUUGCAUUGGUAUCCUUCUACUAUAGUUCAUCAUGUCGGGUUCAAGGCAUUUGUUAAGAAUCUUCAGCCACAGUUCAAGUUGACAUCUGAUGAAUGAUGAUGUUGUUAGGGCUGACUGUAUGAAUAUUUAUGAGAGUGGGAAAGUUAAGUUGAGGGAAUUGCUUGGGAGACUUCCUUGUAGAGUUAGCCUCAGCGUCGAUAUGUGGAGAUCAAGUGAAGAUGUUGAGUAUGUGUGUUUGUCUUGCCAUUAUGUUGAUGAUGAUUGGAAGCUUAAGAAGAAGAUUCUGAACUUUUUGCAAGUUGAAAGUCAGACUGCAGGUGAGGAGAUGAGUAAGAUUGUUGCUGAGAAGUUGCUUGAUUGGAAUUUACAUGGAAAGUUGUUUAGUGUUAUUUUGGAUAAUUGUAAUGAGAAUGAUACUGUGGCCAAAGAUCUUCGUGAAUUCAUUCUGUUGAAGGGGGCUUUCCCUUUAAAUGGCGAGUUUUUCCAUGUGCAGACUGCUGCAUCGAUUUUGUAUGCAACUGCACAAGAUGUUACGGGGUUUUUGCAUGAUAUAAUAAGUGAAGUUCGGGAUAGUGUGCAAUAUGUGAGGACUUCACAAGCUACACUCCACGGGGUUCCAGAUUGCAGCAGGUAAAGUUGGAGCCCCACAAAAAGCAUUAGUUUGCGAUGAUCAGAAUAACUGGAUAACAACAUACUUGAUGCUUGAAGCUGCAUGUGAGUUUCAAGGUGCCGUCACUUGUUUUGCUGAAAGUGAUAGUGACUACACAAUUUCGUUAUCUUCUGAGGAGUGGGAUCUUGUUAAAGCUGUUACUGAGUGCUUAUAUGUGUUCUAUCAUGCCAUAGAGAAAUUUUCUGGGGCAAAAAUUCCAACAUCAAACCUUUAUUUCAAUGAUAUAUGUGGUAUCCAUAUGCUGCUAAAAACUUGGAAAGUCAGUGAAUUUCCUGCUAUUUCAGCGAUGGCUACUCAAGUUCUUGAGAAAUUUGAAAAGAGCUGGGUGGCAACAUUACUUCUUUUGUCAAUUUCUUCAAUUCUUGAUCCUCGAUAUAAAAUAAAGUCAAUUGAGUAUUUUUUCAAUAAGAUUUACGAUGAUGAGCAUAAAGCUAAUGAGAGGAUUGAAAAGAUCAGGCAAUAUCUAGGGAAGCUCCAUGAUGAAUAUGUGGAGCAUUCAAAUAACAUGUCCAAUACCCAAGCAUUUCUUUGCUACGAUGAAAAUAAUAAGAGUGGUUGCAGUGCUGAACUGAAAGCUGGUACAGAAUCUAAGCCUUCUUCCCGCACGUUAUUUGAUGCACGGCGGGGACUUGAUCAAUAUCUUCAAGAGACCUCAUCAAGUCAACAGCAUAAAUCAGAUCUGGAGUUGUAUUUGGAUGAAGCUGUUUAUCCAUGCAAAGGGUCUGAGGACAACUUCAACAUCUUAGCUUGGUGGAAAUUUCAUGCAGCAAAAUAUCCUGUUCUUUCAAUAAUGGCUCGUGAUAUUUUGGGGAUUCCUUUAUCAGUUGUUGCAAUAGACAGUGAAAGUAGAGUGCUCAAUCAGUACUUGAGUUCCCUUGACCCAGUGACUGUCCAAGGACUGAUCUGUGGACAGGAUUGGCUAAGAGAAGAAUUUGACGUUCAAGUAGAACCUCCAAUAGCCGUAGAUGAUGUCGCCAUUGUUCCGUUACCUGCUAAAAUUGAACAUGACGUUGAUGAGUGCAUGAUACUGGCAAAUGGAGAUGAAUUCUCCCACCACCAAUAGGGAAUACAGGUGAUCGAAUAGCCUUUCUGGUUGUGCGUCCAUCGCCAGCGUCUGGAUUUCUAAUCGAGAUGUCUUCCAUCUUUCAUGUGGUAUCCAUGGAGAAUUUGUCCUCUUAACUGAUUUCUCAAGGGCUUUUAUUGUGCUCUGUAUAGCAGUAGUUAAUACGAUAAAGUAUUGAUGUAUUCCACCUCAAUCCUUCCCUAAGUAUUAAUUCUUUGCUCUUUAACUUCAUGUAUAUUGACAGUGGAACAUGGUGUAUUUCACGAAUGUUAUGCUC